CCCUCUCAUGCACUAGGACACUGUGUUUUCUCAUACAGCCUUCAUUGUGAGAAGCUAUGGCCGAGCAGGACGUUUGUCCUCACCUGGACUCAAUAGGUGAGGUGACCAAGGAGGACCUGCUCCAAAAAUCCCAGGGGACCUGCCAGUCUUGUGGAGCCGGGGGCCCCAACUUGUGGGCUUGUCUUCAGAGUGACUGUCCAUACGUUGGUUGCGGGGAGUCCUUCUGUGAUCACAGCACCCAGCACGCACAGGUGAAGAAGCACAACCUGACAGUGAACCUGACCACCUUCAGGAUCUGGUGUUACGUGUGUGAACGGGAGGUCUUUUUGGAUCAGAAGCCGGCCCUAGUUCCGGUGCCGACUGCCCCCCACCACUGCAAAGCUGCAGAGCAGGAUGCGGUGCACCAUUCAGGGGGUCACCCCCUGAAAGCAGUGCCAAUCGCUGUGGCAGAAGAAGAAGGCUCAGAAUCCGAGGAGGAUGAGCUCAAACCCAGAGGCUUGACAGGAAUGAAGAACAUUGGAAACUCCUGUUAUAUGAAUGCUGCUCUUCAAGCUCUGUCCAACUGCCCUCCGCUCACUCAGUUCUUCCUGGACUGCAGUGGACUGGUGCGCACUGAUAAGAAGCCGGCUCUGUGUAAGAGCUACCAGAAACUCAUCUCAGAGCUCUGGCACAAGAAACGGCCCAGCUACGUUGUUCCGACCAGCUUGUCUCAUGGCAUCAAACUGGUUAACCCCAUGUUUCGAGGCUAUGCUCAGCAGGACACCCAAGAGUUUCUUCGCUGUCUGAUGGACCAGCUCCACGAGGAGCUGAAGGAGCCGCUGACUGAGUGCAGCAUGAGCAGGGAGGGGAGCGACGCCGACGACCGGAGAGAGGGAGACCGCUCCCCGUCCGAGGACGAAUUCCUUUCUUGCGACUCCGGCUCCAGCAGCGACCGAGGGGAGGGAGGAGGGGUGGGCGACGGCGAGCUGCUCCUGCAGGACGAGUGCGACGGCUUCAGGUCCCCGUCGGUGGGAGUGGUGGGCGUCGCUCCUCCGGCGGUGAUCUCGGAGAAGGAGAGGCUGAAGGAGAAGAGGGCGUCCGGCUCGCCGCUGCGCUGGGGCUCGCAGGAGAUGGACGAGGACGCUGAUGUGGACACUGCAGCUGAGGGGGGGCCUCCUGUGAGGGGGGAGGAGGAACAGCCGUCACCAGCACUCAACUCCGAAGUCCAAAACCAGGAGAACAACCAGACGCCUGCUUCAGGGCCGGGACAAGUCCAGAGCAACACGUCAGAACCAGACAAUGAAGCGUCCAUGACCCAACCUCCGUCGACUCCCUGCAGUCCUGUCCGAACUCUGCAGGAGCUGCAUCCCAAACUGUCCUCCAGCCCGCCUCGCUCCAGCCCCCUCCGCUCUGCAGGGCCUGCAUACUCCUUCAAAAAGGCUCAGCUGCUGCUCAGUUGCAGAAAGAAGAAGCAGUUCCACUUCCGCAGCGUGAUCUCGGACAUCUUCGACGGCUCCAUCCUGAGUCUGGUCCAGUGUUUAACUUGUGACAGGGUUUCCACCACUGUAGAAACCUUCCAGGAUUUAUCUCUCCCCAUUCCUGGGAAAGAAGACUUGGCAAAGCUGCACUCCUCCAUCCACCAGAACCUGCCGGUGAAGACCGGGGUCUGUCCCGACACUUACGGCUCGCAGGGCUGGAUCUCCUACAUCAUGGACUCCAUCCGCCGGUUUGUCGUCUCGUGCAUCCCGAGCUGGUUUUGGGGGCCCAUGGUAAUGCUGGAGGACUGCCUUGCUGCAUUUUUUGCUGCAGAUGAACUCAAAGGAGACAACAUGUACAGCUGUGAGCGAUGUAAAAAACUGCGAAAUGGUGUCAAAUACUGCAAAGUGCUUAAACUCCCAGAGAUUCUUUGCAUUCACCUGAAACGUUUCCGGCACGAGGUCAUGUAUUCGUUCAAGAUCAGCAAUCACGUGUCCUUCCCUCUGGAGGGCCUUGACAUGCGACCUUUCCUGGCUAAGGAGAGCCCGUCUCAAGUCACCACUUACGAUCUGCUGUCGGUCAUCUGCCACCACGGCACAGCAGGAAGUGGACAUUACAUAGCUUACUGUCAGAAUGUGAUCAAUGGUCAGUGGUACGAGUUUGAUGACCAGUAUGUGACAGAAGUCCAUGAGACUGUGGUGCAGAACGCUGAGGCCUAUGUGCUGUUCUACAGGAAAAGCAGCGAGGAGUCGGUCAGAGAGAGGCAGAAGGUGGUGGCUCUGGCAAACAUGAAGGAGCCCAGCCUGCUGCAGUUCUACAUCUCCAGAGAAUGGCUGAACAAGUUCAACACUUUCGCAGAGCCGGGCCCCAUCAGCAAUCAAACGUUUCUUUGUCAACACGGAGGCAUCUCUCCGAAUAAGUACCACUACAUCGAUGAUCUAGUUGUGAUAGUUCCUCAAAAUGUGUGGGAAUACCUUUACAACAGUUUUGGAGGCGGCCCAGCCGUCAACCACCUGUACAUGUGCGCCAUCUGUCAGGUGGAGAUCGAAGCUCUGGCCAAACGCAGGAAAACUGAAAUUGACACCUUCAUCAAGUUGAACAAAGAGUUUCAGGCUGAGGAGGCUCCCACAGUGAUCCUGUGUAUCAGCAUGCAGUGGUUCAGAGAGUGGGAGAGCUUUGUGAAGGGCAAAGACAAUGAGCCUCCUGGUCCUAUUGACAACAGUAAAAUUGGUGUGAUGAAAGGAGGACACAUUCAGCUGAAGCAAGGUGCAGACUACGGACAGAUUUCAGAGGAGACAUGGCAGUACUUGUUGGGCAUAUAUGGAGGAGGUCCUGAGAUCGCAAUUAGACAGACGGUGGCCCCUGCCGACCCCGACAGUCUUCACGGAGAGAGGAAGAUCGAGGCCGAGACGAGAGCACUUUGAGUUUAACAGGUCAUGUGACUCUUUUCCACUCCUCGCAAGAAGCUGAGUGAUUUGCACCUUGGUGAAGAAGCAUUGUGAGCACUUUGUAACUGUAGCAGUGCAUCAUGUUAAAGACGGAGGACGAGGAAACGGUACUUAAACAUCACAUUCAUGAGAUAGCUCUGAAGUUCAGUGUUAGGGUGUAUAAAAUAAGGCUUUGUGGAGCUGUUUUUACUAGCCGUGGUGUCCGCUGUAGUAGCUAGACGUUACGUGCCGCUUCACUGGUUGUUGCAGGCAGACGGCUGCCGGCGUCACGAACCUGAACGCCGAAAAUAACUUUUUCAUUGAAGCAACAAAUGAGACACAUGAACCGGCUUUCUGUUGCCCGUCUGUUUACUAGUUACGUAGCAACGAAGCUAAGACACAAAGCGAGGGAUCCCAAACAAACAAAACUUGCACUUCAACCGUAGAUCGUGCACCGAGCCCUCGGGAAUGAAAGUCUUCUUUUUCUGUUUGUUUUGGCCGGUGAAACGAUCCUAGCAGGUUUGUUUAUAUGUAAACAGCAUGCAUGUGUGGGUUGUGCACAUGUCAUUUCUGAAACUGCAUGCAGCUGCAAGUAAGAGCCCUGCACACACAGGCUGAACUGCUCACACUGCAAACUUAAGUGUUACGUUUAAAGUUUUUUAAAUAUAAAGCUGCUUUUGUAUAGUUUCUGCAAGUGCUCACAUCAAAUUAGGCAUAAGGGUAUAUAUAUAUAUAUAUAUAUAUAUAUAUAUAUAAUGUGAAUGUUAAUAUUUCAUAUUAGAACA